AUGCACACAAAAACAUUCCCCAUCCUUUCUCGCAUCGCGCGAGAUAUUCUGGCUAUCCCUGGUGUCAGCAUUGCAGUGGAGCGCCUCUUCUCAUCUAGCAAGCACACACUCUCCGAUGUGCGCUCCUCUUUGGUGGCCCUAUCAGGCUCAAAGACCAUGGUUUCAAAGGAGCGAUUGAAGCGAGGACUGGGUGCGAAUCUUCCGUAUCUCAACGGUAUCUCUAUACACCACGAAAAUGAUUAG